UUGCGAGACUUUUGGGAAAGAUUGCGAAACAGACAAACAGAUCAGACCGGGGUUUGAGAAGUCAACGAGAGAAGCACAAAUUGUUCCCGAGUUGUUCAUUUUCUCGAAAUCUAAAGGUACAACCUGGAUAUAAGCCAAUGUAUUAAAUAGCUGAACAUGUUAUUACUCAAAUCUUGCGAGAGUGACAAACUGACACGUUUUCAUUAUCGUCAAAAACAACAUUAUAUCGAAGGAGUGCCUUUAAUUUGACAGUUUGCACAUGCGCAGCUCGGCGUGAGACACCCGAUGACCGACAAGUGUGAAAGGGGAUUUUUGUUGGAGAAGCAGUUUUAUCCUAUCCUCAUACUGUACUGUCUUUGAUAAUGCUGUGGCUAGUUUUAUGACUAGUAAAACGAGUCAAAAAUAUUUUUCCCGUGUUAUGACUUGAUCGUUUCCGGAUGCUGUACAGGAAGUGACAUUGCUGAUGCAUUUGCAUUGUGGGAUUUGUGUGCUUUCCUCUUGCAAUCAUGGCGGAUGCCUUUGGUGACGAUUUGUUCAGCGUGUUUGAUGAAGAACAAACAACUUCAACUAAAAAGAAACUAGCGGUACCUGAAACGGUUCCUGAAAAGGGGAAAUCGACCAGUAAAAAUGGCAAAGGAGGAAAGGCUGAGUUCUAUGCAGCCAAGAGUAAGCGGGAAGCAGACAACAACGGGACAGAUGAGGUGGUGUUUGGGAAGAGGUCCAAGCUGGAGACUCUUUCUACAGAGGAGAUCAAUCUUGCCGACUGCAUGCCCAAGGUGAGGGUGGAGCCGGUUGAGACAGUGGAAGGGUGCAACCACGAGGUGGCCCUACCAGCCAAUGAGGAGUACAAACAGCUUAAGCCUCGUGUGGGGAAAGCAGCCAAGGAGUAUCCCUUCGUUCUGGAUCCCUUCCAACGUGAGGCCAUUCUGUGUAUCGAUAACAACCAGUCAGUGCUUGUGUCUGCCCACACCUCUGCAGGAAAGACUGUCUGUGCAGAGUAUGCCAUAGCUCUAGCUCUGAGGGAGAAGCAGAGGGUCAUCUUCACCAGCCCCAUCAAAGCCCUGAGUAACCAGAAGUACAGAGAGAUGUACGAAGAGUUCCAGGAUGUUGGCCUGAUGACCGGUGAUGUCACCAUCAACCCCACCGCCUCCUGCCUCAUCAUGACUACCGAAAUCCUGAGGAGCAUGUUGUACCGAGGGUCAGAGGUCAUGAGAGAGGUGGCCUGGGUCAUCUUCGAUGAGAUCCAUUACAUGAGAGAUGCCGAGCGUGGCGUGGUGUGGGAGGAGACCAUCAUCCUGCUUCCUGACAACGUCCACUAUGUCUUCCUGUCUGCCACCAUCCCAAACGCCAAGCAGUUCGCUGAAUGGAUCUGCCACCUCCACAGACAGCCCUGUCACGUGGUGUACACUGACUUCCGGCCCACACCCCUGCAGCACUACAUCUUCCCAGCAGGUGGCGACGGACUUCACCUUGUGGUGGAUGAGAACGGAGAGUUCAGGGAGGACAACUUCAACACGGCCAUGCAGGUGCUGAGAGACACGGGUGACUCUGGAGGCAGCAGCGGAGGGGGCAAAUGGGACCCCAAGGGGCGCAAAGGAGGGACACGAGGGCUAUCCAACGUGUUUAAGAUUGUUAAAAUGAUCAUGGAGCGGAACUUCCAGCCGGUCAUCAUCUUCAGCUUCAGUAAGAAGGAGUGUGAGGCCUACGCCCUGCAGGUGUCCAAGCUCGACUUCAACACAGAUGAGGAGAAGAAGCUGGUGGAGGAGGUGUUCAACAAUGCCAUAGACUGUCUGUCAGACGAUGACAAGAAGCUGCCCCAGGUGGAGCACGUCCUGCCUCUAUUGAAGAGAGGUAUAGGGAUUCAUCAUGGAGGACUACUCCCCAUCCUAAAGGAAACUAUCGAGAUCCUGUUCUCUGAGGGGCUUCUCAAGGCCUUGUUUGCCACAGAGACCUUUGCCAUGGGCAUUAACAUGCCCGCCCGAACUGUCCUGUUCACCAACGCACGCAAGUUUGAUGGCAAAGACUUCCGCUGGAUCACAUCUGGUGAGUACAUCCAGAUGUCCGGUCGAGCUGGCAGGAGAGGGAUGGAUGAGAGGGGUAUCGUCAUCUUCAUGGUGGAUGAGAAGAUGAGCCCUGCAAUUGGGAAACAGCUGCUUAAGGGCUCGGCAGACCCUCUGAACAGUGCCUUCCACCUCACCUACAACAUGGUUCUCAACUUGCUGCGGGUGGAGGAGAUCAACCCGGAGUACAUGCUGGAGAAGUCUUUCUACCAGUUUCAGCACUACAGGGCUGUGCCCGGGGUCGUAGAGAAGAUGGCGAAGCUGGAAGAGAUGUACAACGCCAUAGAGAUCCCCAACGAGGAGAGUGUGGUGACCUAUUAUAAGAUCCGCCAACAGCUGGCCAAACUGAGCAAGGAGAUAGAGGACUUCAUCCACAAACCAAAAUACUGUCUUCCCUUCCUCCAGCCUGGCAGACUGGUCAAGGUCAAAAACGAAGAUGCUGACUUUGGGUGGGGUGUGGUUGUUAAUUUCUCGAAGAAGUCAAAUGUCAAGGCCAUAACGGGUGACGCAGACCCUCUAUACGUGGUAGAGGUGCUGGUCCACUGCAGUAAGGAGAGUGUGAAGAACACCGCCACAGAGGCUGCCAAACCCGCUGCCCCUGGCGAGAAGGGGGAAAUGCAGGUGGUUCCUGUGAUGCUCCACCUCCUGACCUCAAUCAGUUCAGUUCGUCUCUACAGCCCCAAAGACCUGCGGCCUUAUGACAACAGACAGAGCAUGCUCAAAUCCAUACAGGAGGUGCAGAAGAGGUUCCCGGACGGCGUUCCCCUUCUGGACCCCAUCGAUGACAUGGGCAUUAAGGACCCGGGCCUGAAGAAGGUCAUCCAGAAGGUGGAGGCGUUUGAACACAGGAUGUACUCCCACCCCAUGCACUCUGACCCCAGCCUGGAGGCCGUCUACUCCCUCUGCGAGAGGAAAGCCCUGAUUGCGGGGGAUAUCAAAGGGGCCAAGCGGGAGCUGAAGAAGGCUCGAACCGUGCUGCAGAUGGACGAGCUCAAGUGCAGGAAGCGCGUCCUGAGGCGUCUCGGGUUUGCGACUUCCUCGGAUGUCAUCGAAAUGAAGGGCCGAGUGGCCUGUGAGAUCAGCAGUGCUGAUGAGCUUCUACUGACUGAGAUGGUGUUCAACGGCCUGUUCAACGAUCUGUCUGCAGAACAGGUUACUGCUCUACUCAGCGUCUUCAUCUUCCAGGAGAACGUUAACGAGAUGCCCAAGCUGACAGAGCAGCUGGCUGGACCUCUGAGACAGAUGCAGGAGUGUGCCAAGCGUGUUGCCAAGGUGUCUGCGGAGGCUAAGCUGGAGGUGGACGAGGACACCUACCUGGACAAGUUCAAGCCUCACCUGAUGGACGUGGUUUACACCUGGGCUAACGGCUCCACCUUCGCACAGAUCUGCAAGAUGACCGACGUCUUUGAAGGGAGUAUCAUCCGCUGCAUGCGUCGCCUGGAGGAGCUGCUCCGUCAGAUGUGUCAAGCAGCCAAGGCCAUCGGUAACACAGAGCUGGAGAACAAGUUUGCGGAGGGUAUUACGAAAAUCAAGAGGGAUAUUGUGUUUGCUGCCAGUUUAUAUCUGUGAUUUGAUGUAUUUUGUGAUUGAGUGACCUGUGUUUGUUGGUUUGAGUGUCUGACAUCAUCCAGACAAUGUUAAUGUGUUAAGCAUAAAAUGGCUUAUUUUCCUUCCAAAAAGCGCAACAUUUGUACAUACUUCAACAAUUUUAAUAAAAGUCUGUAUAGUGAUUUCUUCUAACAUACAGCUGGAUAAAACAAUGUUUUGUUGUUGCUUCAGGUGAAGAUGCAUUAUAUUGGUCUGGAUAAUACACAGGAAGCUGUAAUAGUAGCAGCCCAGCCAAGGCAACAUGGGUGGGACAAGCUCAGACAGCUUGGCUCCAGGUCAUAGGUCAGGAAAGCACAAAGCAGGGUUACAUUCACAUGUCUGGUUCAUUCCCAGAUGGCGCCCUAUUCCCUCCAUAGUGCACUAGUUUUGACCAGGACCCAAUGUAGGGAGUAGGGUACCAUUUGAGACGCAUAAUUUCUUUCCACCCCAGUGGUCCGACCCUUAGUGGGGUAUGAUGUGCAUGCAGUAAACGGUUCCUCUUCUCUAUAGCUUAGUUGGGGCUGCUGUCGUAAUGGUUUCCGUUAGUGGGCGUCUCUUGCAGGCUGGUGUGGGGAAUCUCCACAUCCUCCUGGGGCUCCACCCUCUUCUUGAAGAAGUCUGACACUACAAAUACCUGCAGGGGACAGACGAGUGUCAGUGGACAGCUUUGGAGGGAAAUGGUUGACCUACCUCAGUUCAUUUUAUUGAAGAGAAUGGCUACUUAGUAGGAAGUAAGGCUUUUAAAGUGGGACACGUAUAGGUCAGGAGACACCUUUUGACUAAAAUACCCCUCUAACCACUGGUCUUGUGCUCUCUGCUACCCAAUUUCUAUUGUAACAAAUAAAGCUGAAUUGCCUUAA